AUGGCAUCGCUGGCGGAGAGAGUGAGGGGCAACGGGCGCAUCGCCGCCGGGCUCCUGCUCAACCUGCUGGUGUCCAUCUGCAUCGUGUUCCUCAACAAAUGGAUCUACGUGCACCACGGCUUCCCCAACAUGAGCCUGACCCUGGUGCACUUUGUGGUCACCUGGCUGGGCUUGUACCUCUGCCAGAAGCUGAACAUCUUUGCCCCCAAGAGCCUGCCGCCCUCCAAGCUCCUCCUCCUGGCCCUCAGCUUCUGUGGCUUCGUGGUCUUCACCAACCUUUCUCUGCAGAACAACACCAUAGGCACCUACCAGCUGGCCAAGGCCAUGACCACGCCGGUGAUCAUAGUGAUCCAGACCCUCUGCUACAAGAAAACCUUUUCCACCAAAAUACAGCUCACGCUGAUUCCUAUAACUUUAGGUGUAAUCCUAAAUUCUUAUUACGAUGUGAAGUUUAAUUUCCUUGGAAUGGUGUUUGCUGCUCUUGGUGUUUUAGUUACAUCCCUUUAUCAAGUGUGGGUAGGAGCCAAACAGCAUGAAUUGCAAGUUAACUCAAUGCAGCUGCUGUACUACCAGGCUCCAAUGUCCUCGGGCAUGCUGCUGGUCGCUGUGCCCUUCUUCGAGCCACUGUUUGGAGAGGGAGGACUCUUCAGCCCCUGGUCAGUUUCUGCUUUGCUUAUGGUGCUUCUAUCUGGAGUAAUAGCUUUCAUGGUGAACUUAUCAAUUUAUUGGAUCAUUGGGAACACUUCACCAGUCACCUACAACAUGUUUGGACACUUCAAGUUCUGCAUCACUUUAUUUGGUGGCUAUGUUUUAUUUAAGGACCCGCUGUCAGUUAAUCAGUGUCUUGGCAUGUUGUGUACAUUAUUUGGCAUCCUCGCCUAUACCCACUUUAAGCUCAGUGAACAGGAAGGAAGUAAGAGUAAAUUGGUACAACGUCCUUAA